AUGACUGCUGUUUUGCUGCUCUCUUUACUCAGCACAGCUUCCAAACAGACAGGAAUUGAGUUUCCAUUCUUCUGGCAUCUCAGUCACUCAGCUGAAUACAUGAUUUCUGGCACAAGAGAGAAGAUAUGGCUGUUUGUUGCUGUGACAUAUUUGUUUCAGGGAACUUCUUAUUCAGAGGAACUCAGAAGAAUGAAGAGAACUGUGGAUCCUGAAGCAUUUAUGGGUAUUAAGGAGCUCAUUGCUUACAAAGGGUACCCCAGUGAGGAGUAUGAAGUGACAACAGAAGAUGGUUAUAUCAUUACGAUUAACAGAAUUCCUUAUGGCACACAGAAUCGGGAAAACACAGCUUUGAGACCUGCUGUAUUUCUCCAACAUGGAUUAUUGGGAGAUGCUAGUAACUGGGUCACAAACCUGCCCAACAACAGCUUGGGUUUCAUGCUAGCUGAUGCUGGCUUUGACGUUUGGAUGGGAAAUAGCAGAGGCAGUCGCUGGUCCAGAAAACAUCAAAAUUAUUCCAUUGAUCAAGAUGAAUUCUGGGCUUUCAGUUUUGAUGAGAUUGCAAAGUUUGAUCUUCCAGCAGCAAUAAAUUUCAUCGUGGAGACAACAGGACAGGAAAAGUUGUACUAUAUUGGCUAUUCACAAGGUACUACCGUAGCUUUCAUUGCAUUUUCGACAAUGCCAGAGCUGUCUCAAAAAGUCAAACUCUAUUUUGCAUUGGCACCUGUCACUGCCAUUAAUUAUGCUAGAAGCCCAGCAACAAAACUCCUCUACCUUCCUGAAAAAUUGCUCAGGGGUUUGCUUGGAAAAAGAGAAUUCCUUCCUGAGAUUGAAUGUCUAAAAAGGCUAAUAGUCCCUGUUUGCAGCCACGGAGCUUUUGCCAGGCUUUGUAAAAAUGUCUUCUUCAGUCUGGGUGGCUGUAACCUGAAAAAUAUUGAUGUGAACCGAAUCAAUGUGUAUAUGGCACAAACCUCCUCUGGAACUUCUGUGCAGAACAUAGUCCACUGGAGCCAGGAGGCCCGUUCGGGAAAGUUCCAAGCUUAUGACUGGGGCAGUUCAAAGAAGAACAUGGAAAAAUACCAGCAGGCUACUCCUCCUCUCUACAAUGUAGAAAAGAUGACUGUACAAACUGCCGUAUGGACUGGGGGACAAGACUUGCUUGCAGAUCCCAAGGAUGCAGACAUUUUACUGUCUCAGAUUAAGACACUCAUCUAUCACAAGAGGAUUCCUAAAUGGGCACACCUGGAUUUCAUCUGGGGAUUGGAUGCACCUUUGCACGCAUACAGUGAAAUUAUUGACCUAAUGCAGAAGUAUCCUUAA